AGAAAUAUUUGAAAUCUUUUAGAAAAUCUAUACAUUUGAGAAGCAGACAAAUUUCGAAGUGAGAUUUACAAGCUUUUGCAAUGGGUACUAGACAAUUGUAUGGUUGCGAUUUUGAGGUAUAUGGUAAAGUUCAACGUGUUUUCUUUCGAAAAUAUACCGCAAGUAAAGCCAAAGAGUUGGGGCUGCACGGAUGGUGUAAAAAUACAUCAGAGGGAACCGUUAAAGGCCAAAUGGAGGGUACGCAACAAGAACUACAUGAAAUGAAAUAUUGGUUACUGAAUAAGGGAAGUCCAAAAUCAAGAAUCGAUGGCGUAAACUUUAGUGAUAUGAGACCGAUUCAGACCUAUGGAUUCAAAUCGUUUGAAAUACGAAAAUAGAAGUUUCUCAUUUUUUUGUGCUGCAUUAGUAUACAUAUGAUAUAUAUUUUUAAAUUUUGUAAAAAAAUUAAUGAUAAUCACGAUUGUGUGGAUUAAUUGCUAAAUUUUGUUUUGGAAUAUUUUUUAAUAAGGAAAUAUAUAUAUUUCUGACUUAUGGAGAUUGCAUAUGCACUUUUAAUAUAAUAU